UUACUCAACAGAAACAUUCUGGGAUGCCCAGCUGGAGAAACUUCUGAAACUUGAAGAGAUGAACAAGAAGCACAUGCAAAAACAAGAUGGAAGAGAAGUUUCAGAUGAUGUGAGGAUUGUCCUGCUGGGAAAAACUGGAGCAGGAAAGAGUGCAGCGGUAAACACCAUCUUAGGAAGAAAAACCUUUAUGACGGACAUAUCUCAUGAGUCAGUUACUAAAGAGUGUCAGAGAGAGAGAACUGAAGUGAACAGCAGAUACGUCACUGUGAUAGACACUCCAGGACUGUUCAAUACUGAACUGAGUCAUGAAGAGAUCCAGACAGAAAUGAUCAACUGUCUCUCAAUGUCACUGCCAGGACCACAUGUGUUCAUUAUUGUGUUGAGUUUAGCACAACGCUUCACUAAAGAAGAUACAGAAUCGCUCAAGAUCAUCCAAGAAACAUUUGGUGAAAACUCUUUAAUGUACACCAUGGUGCUCUUCACCAGAGGUGAUGAUCUUAAAGAUAAAACCAUCGAAGAGUUUUUGGGAGAACCUGGAUCUCCUUUAAUGGACCUCAUUGAACAGUGUGGAAACAGAUAUCACAUAUUCAAUAAUACUGAGACUGAAGACCGCAGACAAGUUUCUUCUCUACUGGAGAAAAUAGACGCCUUGGUGAAAGAAAACAGAGGGAGUUACUACUCAAGUAAAAUAUUCAGACAGAUGGAGAGAGAAAAACAGGAAAAACAAAUAAAGAUACUGAUGGAGAGAAUUGAACAACUGAGCAAAGAGAAAGAAGAAGAGAUAGAGAAAAUAGAAAAACAGAGCCAUGUGCAGGAGAAAAAGAAAAUGGAAGAACUGUUUAGUAAGAAUGAAAAACAAUUCAGAGAAAAGAUCGAAGAAAUCGAAAAUAGGAAAACGCAGUUACAAGAGCAACUAAUGAGAAAACUUGAGGAAGCACAGAAACGGAUGCACGAUGAUGAAAGAAAGAGAGAGGAAGACAAGCAAAACUGGAGAGAAAAACAGGAGAUGGUUGAAAAAUUGAUCUUGAAUGAGCAACGUCUGAGGGAAGAACAAUGUAAAAAUUAUGAGGAGAAAAUUCAGCUGACUAAACAACAGUGUCAAGAUGAACUCAUGAGAGUGAAACCAGAUGAUUAUGAACACAACAGAAGAAGAGACAUAGAGAACAUAAAACUGUGCUGCUCUCAAACAACUUCAUGUCUACAGGUAAGUGAUCAAUGA